AUGGACAAUCUGGAGACACUAGAGUAUCCAAUGUACCAGGCUUUAUGGCGCAUCAAGCACGACGGCCAAGAUGCCCUGGCUAUCGAGUGCCCAGAUGCGCCCAUACUCCUCUUCAUAUACCGCUGCGAUCCUGGUGCUGAAGAACCCCAUGACGUGCGGGAACUGGUCGUGCAGGAGAAGCCGCCAAAUCGCGUCGAGGUCGGCUGGUUCUACCAAAUGGACAGAGCACUCGUCAGACAUAUUUGCACGAGCGAGAAGCCGCUCCUGGACGCUAAAAACGUUGAGGAAUGGGUGGGAAGAGUGACUGCUAUCCUUCUGAAGAGGGAAAUCAUAUUCUGGGAGGGCGAUGAUGAAAAAGAGCUCAUCUCGUUUGGAGCGCUCGACGAGCCAGUCAUCCAACUGGAGCCCCCUUCGAUCGAAGAGGUAGUCGACUUGGACGAAAUCACCUACGACUCUGGCUCCGAGGACAUGGACAUCGAAUGGUUCUAG